ACGAUAGUUCGAUGCAGAGACGUGACAGGCCUACUUGGCAUAUGUAUCGCGUUGCACCCUGUUUUAUGAUCUAACCUAACCUCUAAUCUGCUGUUGAGAGAUUGUUAUUCACGUCUAUUAAUCGCAGUUCAAUUGGAUAUUAUCGAUUAUUCUUCAGCACCUCUUCUACAUUAUUUUACAAUGAAUCUACCUCGAGUGCUGAUUGUUAGCACAAAAGAGGGAAAGGCGAAGGAAAUCGCAGAGAGCAUGGGGGCGGAACGUCUGUCCGAGGAAGACGAGAUUGUGGAUUAUCUGUGGAACAUUGACAACAAGUAUUAUACAUCACAGGUCAUGGUACGCGCCGUAGAGAGCUUAUCCCACAAACUCCCGGCGGACGGAGUCGACGCGUUGAUCGUGUAUCACGAUCCGCAGGCAGACAAGGUGGAUCAGGAACUGGAGCAAUUGGCGUCCUUGGCCACUUCAUUGACGGCGGCAGAGGUACUGUUGUUCUCUUGCAGUGCAAUAUCCGAGUCGCCUUUGCGAGAUAAAGUGGUAAAUUGGUGUUUGCACAACAAGUUUGAGCUGGUCGAGUUGGAGCAAACGGGAGAUUUGGAAUGUGAUACGGAGGGUAACAAAUAUGGCAUCGAGAGGAUUGUAGAAGCUCUUCAUGCUCACAUGUGGCCCAAUAUCGUGCUUAAAGACAAAUCGAGUAUGGGGCAAGCACCAGAGGUAAACGAAAUUGAGGAGCAAUUUGAAAAUAUUCGACUGACGCGUGACCCUUCGGAGGCGCUACGCAUGCAGGACAUGCUUGACGGCAUCAUGGGCGACGAGAACGCGGAUUUUGGAGAGUUGUACGGCCAAUUGAUGGCCAUGAAGGAACACGCGGCGUCCUUACCGACGAACGAGAGGCGCCUAGUGGCAGAGCAAGUAGUCACCGCCUUUUGGAAAGCCAUGGGUGGCGAUCUUCUAGAAAUCGAGGAUUAAAUUCGAGAUUCGCGAUGUACUGUAUAGAUGUAGUGUAUAUGUAUAGGAUCAGGUAUACACUCUAUUGCGAAGAUUCUCCUCCAGCUUAGUCGAUGGAGGCUCUCUCAAGCAGACUUUCAUCCAUUUUUUUAGCUUCUUCCAAGUGACAGAGAUAGAGGUACGACAGAUUUCUUUUACGUUCCUCGUACACGUUCUCUGCAGAUAUCCUCGCGUCUUUCUUUCUGUCCUUCGUCAAAAUACCAGUCACGUUUACCUGGGAGAGAACACGGACACGGUUGUCAAACGAAAAAUCGAAAGCAACAGGUCGACUGUAUUAAUUUUAAUUUCUCGAUUAUAAAUUAAUUUUGUUAAAGAUAGAAAGCUUAGAAUAAUACGACGCAACUUGUAUAAAGACUGGCGCACAUUAGAACAAUGUGCGCAUUAAGGAUGUAUAGAAAGAACACAUUUUUAGAGAAAGUUCCAUGUAAUUUAAAUGUAUAAUGCUUCAUGUACAAUAUAUCAGUGGUAAAUUAUUGUGUUCUAUUAUGUACUAUAUAUACUAAAAGUGUAUCUUUUAAACUUUUAAAGUUACGCAAACGUAAUCGAUAUCGUGUAUUAAUGUUAUGUAGAAACCGCUGUGUAUAUAUAACAUGUAUUUCGUAAUAAAAUUUUAUUUAAGAAUAAAGAGGAA